AUGCGCCUCCGCUUUCACUGUGAUGAGAAGUGCAGGCAACUAUCGUGGAGGGACAUUCCCCUGCAUAACUGCGCGUACGUCGGCAACCACACCUCCUUCUGGGACGUCUACGCCUUCAUUGUACUGACACCGCUGAGGCACAUCCUCAACACGCGCACACUGAUGAAGUCGUCGCUGCGCAAAAUCCCGAUCUUCGGUGGCAUCUUCGACCGUGUCGGGCACUUUCCAGUGCACUUCAAGUCGGACUCGGCCUGUAGCUUUGAGGUGGACAAGGAGCGGCAAGCGCAGGUGCAGCAGGCGAUCGACGCCCACCUGCGCCUCGGCGGCAGCCUCGCAAUGUUCCCUGAAGGCGCCAUCAACAAACACCCGCAGGUGCUGCUGACGUUCCGCUACGGCACCUUCGCCACCAUCAUCAAGCAUCGCAUGGAAGUCUACUACAUGGUCCAUGUGGGUGGUGAGAAGACGUGGCCGUGGUGGACAAUGCUCGGGGGUAUGCCAGCAGACCUGCACAUACGCGUCGGCCGCUUUCUCAUCGACUACGACAGAGACUCCAGCAAAGACGUGGCAUGGCGGAUGCAGCAGCACAUGCAGAAGAUCUACAACGAAAUUCUUAACGAGGUGGAAGGCGAGGACGCCGUCACCGCUGAGGCAAAGGCGAGGGUGUCCUUGGUACCAGAUCCAACCAAGGAGAAGCAGAGCUGA